UCUCCUCUUUCUGAGCAUUUAAUGACACUGCAUUGGAUCAUUGGAUUCUUGGCAUUAUCCAGCGCAUUAGCUCCUCGAUAAUACCAUAUAACUCGUGAUGGUUGUUGGCAUACGGGUUCAGUCUGCUGAAGGCCCUCGAUCCAAGUCGGUUCAUUUCUGUUUCCAGACGAGCUCUUGUCCAAACUUCGGAAAGAUUCCACGGCUCAAGGUGGGAAAGGCUCUUCGAAGAUGGAGAAGUACACCAUCCCUGAAAUCACCACCGACGACGAGUGGAUGUUCCUCACGGGUCAGAUCACCAAUGUGGACCACUUCACGUUCAAUCCCAUCAAGGACGAGCAGAUCCUGUUAAUUGACGUGUAUUCCGCAUGGUCGGGACCUUGUUCGGCCAUGGAAGGGCAUUUGCGCCGCAUGCGGCUCUCUUUCGUAGAGACACCCGAUGCUUUAGCCUUGGCCAAAGCGUGCUGUGAUAAAAUUGAGGCCCUCAAGUCAUUUCAGAGCGAUCCAAGGCCGACCUUCCUUUUCUGGGCCCGAGGCAAACCAGUGGCUUUACUUCGGGGAGCUAAUCGGCCUUUGCUCACUCGUCUCAUCGAGCAAGAGGUCGACAUCGAGGCCAAGAAGAACCCUCGUGGAGAUCUGGAGAUUGAUUUCAAAUCCGGCCAGGUGAUCCAAUGCCAAGGCGAUUUAGCUCUCUUGGCCGAAGACGAAGUGGUCCAUAGUAUUGGAUCCGGUCUCACUGAUAAAUUAACCAGUUUCUUCAGCGAGCAACCAGUGGCUGAUCCCAAGCGAGCCCGAACCCCUCUCCCAUCUUCCAGUGAACCAGAGGAGGCACAACCUCCGUCCACACCGAAACCUUUAGAAUUGGACCCAGAUUCAAAUGUGGGCGAUGGUACGAAGGAGAGUGGUAGUGGUGACCACGUGGUCGACGAGGGGAUUGAAAAGAGUGACAAUGAGGAGAAUCAUGAUCCAAAUGAGAACACGUGCGAUAUCAUCGACCAAACCACCGACGCAUUCGAGGCCAAAGAGGAGGAAGAGGACCAAGUCGUGUCUACUACCGCGGAGAGUGGUGUGAAUGUGGAGGACGUGCCAGAUCCGGGUUUUGGCAAGAAGAAAUCCAAAAGCGGGAAAAAGCCCCAAACAGGCUUGCUCAAAGAGAUCUUGAAUGCCAAACCCUCGGCCUCGGGAGGUCGACGUUAGCUAGACAUAACGAGAACAGAGCAAUACAAAAACCUAUUUUAACU